AUGACGCCGGCUCGCCCUGGCCCUUCUUUCCAGUUCAUCAACAUCGCGGCCCCAGGCGAAACUCCUUCAAACGCACGGCGACAGCAGGUCCGCUCCCAUGCUGCUAGGAACUCCAGUAAACGUCAGAGGACAGUCUCCGAGUACCAAGAGAAGUCAGGCCAGCAUGGCUCAGCAACUGCACAGGCAUUACUAACUGCCCAUUCCCCGCGCAUAUCCCAUACCCUGAGUGCGGCGUGGACAGACCCCUUCGAUACCUUCAUUCGUAAAGUAUCUCGGUUAGAGUGGUUCCUCAUCGACCAUUUUAUUCGACAUGUGGCUAUGUUUUCUACAGUCUGCAUCCCUUUUAUAAGCGGCCAAGAAGAAGCGGACUUUGUACAGGAAACGGGGAGAUGGUGGACGCAAAUGGCCGCCAUAGACACGGGCAUACUGGCCGCCCUGUUGCAAAUGUCGUGCCGAGACCUCUCCGCCUACCACCACCCAGCGGGAUAUACUGCCCUCACACUUAAAUACAACGGCGAAUGUUUGGAGAACGUGAGUAAUGCGCUGAAAGACGAGACCGAAGCAUCAAGCGACCUCACGAUUGCCAAGACGUUCGCGCUCGCAUCCGAUGCCACUCUGUGUGGUGACGCCAAGGCUGCCAAGAUUCACCUCGAAGGCCUAGAUAAGCUGGUAGCAAUUCGAGGAGGUACUGAAAAGAUGUCGGCGUCUUGCUACGCUGGCAAAAUGGUUACGUUCUUUCUGAAAGGCCCCUUUCAGAAAAACGCCCUCGUCACAAUCACUUGCAUAGGUUUAAUGGCAUCAGCGCACUCUGAGGAGGAGACAAACCCCGGAAGUGAAGAUUAA